AUGAGUGGCCUCGCCGAUCCUCCCUCCAGGAGUACCUUCGGCCCUGGAAAUGCCCCAGGCAAAACACGAAACAUCCCAGUCCUGUCAUCUUCCGCUCAUCAUUCUCCCGUGGCCAUGGAGAUCACCCCUCCCUCCUCAGCGACCGUGGGCAUGCCGGUCCAUGGCCUAGACAGCGAUCGGGGCGCAAAUGGCUCUGACGGGAACACGAGCAAUCCCCCCAAUCCGGCUGUUGGGGCUGCCGCCGCGGCUCAGCAGCCCAAAGUGGUACAAACUGCUUUUAUCCAUAAGCUUUACAAUAUGCUGGAGGACAACGGAAUUCAGCACCUCAUCUCUUGGUCGAACACCCAUGAUAGCUUUGUGAUGUCUCCAACUCCAGAAUUCUCCAAGGUCUUAGCCCAGUACUUUAAGCACACCAACAUCUCGUCCUUUGUUCGGCAGCUGAACAUGUAUGGGUUUCACAAAGUGAGCGAUGUGUUUCAUACGGGAUCUCCGGACUCUGCCCUUUGGGAGUUCAAACAUGGAAAUGGCAACUUCAAACGAGGCGAUCUAGUUGGCCUGCGAGAGAUCAAACGUCGCGCUUCCCGACAUGCUCUGAUUCACCGUGACUCGUUCCCUGGUCACAAAGCUGCUACGUCACAACCAGGCACCCCAGCGGAGCCUGUUCCUGAUGCAACUGAAGCUAGACUGAUGAACCUGGAGCACUCCUUAUACGAUAUGCACAACCGUCUAUCUCGUGCUGAAGAAAGCAACAUUGCCCUCAAUUCGAGAUGCCAGAGCAUGGCUGAGGGUUUAUCUCAAUGCUACCAUUGGACACAUUCUAUCUCUCGCUUCCUCCAAGCUGCUAUACCUGAUAAGGAGAACCCUCUUUACCGUGACAUCUCCAAUAUUCAACGAGAAGUUGAGAAACAGCUUGAAACAGUGCGCGCUGUGGAAGCUUCGCACGAAAAUCUUAUGCCACCACGUCAGGCUUUCUUUGCAAAUAUGCCUGUUGAAUCCGGGCCACCCUUAUCUCCUCGUCAACUACCACAAGACGAUGGCCGACGUCCAUCCAUGAUUCGACCUCCUGUUCCGCCACAUCUCGCGGUGUCGCCACGCCGCUAUGGCUCCAUUGGUGGAGCCAACCCCCAACCUAAUUACAUCCGGCCACAGGCCCCCCACGUUCCCCCACAGAAUCAACCUGGGCCAUCACCUCUAUCCAUAUCAACCCCUCCUGGGCCCAACCUUGGUCGCCGCCAUACCUUUGCAGACAUCCGGCAGCAUGACUGGCCGCCAUCGGGAAGUUCCCCCUUCCCACCUGGUAACCCUCCGAGUGGAGCUUGGCCACCGUCUCCCAACCGAGUGCCGGGCUCCAGUGAUCAGCAGGUCCGAGAUGUGCUCGCCCAAUAUGAAAUGGGAGCCCCUCGACGUCUUCAAGACCAAUCGCGCCACGCAACACCCCCCGCAGCUGCAGAGCCAUCUCCAUCCUUGCUUAGUGUUGACAAUGGGUGGAACAUCGGUGGCUCUAGAUUUCCUCGCCAAGAAUCAUCUUUACCAGCGACCCGCCGCUCUAGCAUGGCAAGCAAUGUCCAUUCACUAUUGAACCCUGCAGAUACCGCUGAGAGACCCGACGAGGAACAGCAGAUGAGCGAGGACCGCAAACGAAAACGGUUGGAAUAG